AUGCACAGACGCUCGUCGGGCUCUCCUGUCGAGGACGAAGAUUCCUCGGUCUCCCGGACAGACGAUGGCCCGAACCCCAUCGACGAGAAAUCGCGCUCCCAAAUAGCACGACGCGGCACUAGCUUUGACCUUCGCCGCGACGGCAGCGCAACGCCGCGCUCCCGGAACUCGAGCAUGUGGCGCACUCCGUCUUCGCAACCUUCUAACGACACCAAACCGAUGCCAUUGGGCUCCCCACGCCUCCCCAUGGAGGCUCCCUCCCCCGACGGUCGGCGAGCGCGACAAUCCCGCCUGCGCAGUCCUUGGUCUUGCUCCAUCUUGACUGCGCUGACGACAUGUGUCGCCGUCGUUGUCUUGAUUUCUAUUGUUCAAUCGUUCGCCGGUCGGCAAGUGGGUGGAGAUGGUUGCGGUGUACCGAUGAUGAGUCCCACGUUCAUUCGCAUGCUCGAAUUCGAUACCGAACAUACCCGUUUUGCAAGCAAAUACAAUCUUUUCGUCUACCGGGAGGAGGGUGUGGAUCCCUACACACAGGAUAACAUCGGAUUGAACGGCGUGCCUGUGCUGUUUCUUCCCGGUAACGCCGGCAGUUAUCGGCAAGUGCGGUCUCUGGCGGCUGAGGCCUCGCGACAUUACUACGACGUGGUCCGACAUGACGAGAGCGGCCAUGCGGCUGGGACGCGGAGUUUGGAUUUCUUCAUGGUCGAUUUCAACGAAGAUAUGGCAGCGUUCCAUGGGCAGACGUUGUUGGACCAAGCUGAAUACGUGAACGAAGCGAUUUCAUAUAUUCUAUCACUCUAUCAUGACCCCCGGCGGACACGUCGAGACCCUGGGCUACCGGAUCCUAGCGCCGUCAUCCUUAUCGGCCACUCUAUGGGUGGAAUUGUGGCUCGAACUGCUUUAACCAUGGCUAACUACCAGGCCAAUUCUGUCAACAGCAUCAUCACAAUGUCUGCCCCCCACGCGAAGCCGCCUGUUUCCUUCGACUCCGAUAUCGUCCAUACCUACAAACAGAUCAACGACUACUGGCGCGAUGCAUAUGCCCAAACCUGGGCGAACAACAACCCGCUGUGGCAUGUGACUCUAAUCUCCAUCGCGGGCGGUGCGCGGGAUACGGUGGUACCUUCCGACUAUGCUAGUAUUUCUUCUCUCGUUCCCGAAACGCAUGGGUUCACCGUCUUCACCUCCUCUAUUCCGGAUGUAUGGAUUGGCAUGGACCACUUGUCGAUCACCUGGUGCGACCAGUUCCGCAAGGCAAUCAUUAAAUCCUUAUUCGAGAUUGUUGAUGCAAGGCGUCCCACUCAAACAAAGCCACGGGCCGAGCGCAUGCGAGUGUUGAAACGGUGGUACCUGACUGGCUUGGAGUCGGUGGCCGAGCGGACCUUGCCUCAGAAAGAAGCAAAUACCCUUUUGACACUGGAAGAUAAUGCGAACACCAUCCUCGCACAGGGGCAGCGGCUGAUCUUGCGUGAACUGGGCUUGCAGCAUGGCCCAGACGUGCGUCUUUUGCCAAUCCCUCCUCCAGGCGUAUCUGGCAAAAAGUUCACCCUGCUCACGGAUCAGUCCCUGGACAAGAACGGCAACGUUGAGGUCUUGUUCUGCAGCGUGUUCCCACUAUCCAAUGGUCGCUCAACCAACUUUGCGCUCAAUUUAGACUUCUCCGGCGGUACAGUAGGCUCGACUCGGUUGGCUUGCAAGAGUGCGGCUGAAGACAGCAUUCAUUUGCCUUCCUCUACCCGGUCAUCCAAGCAUGCCUAUGAUCGCAACGCACCAUUCUCGUACCUCCAGUAUGAUUUGGAGGGCCUCGCAGAACAUCAAUUCGUUGCUGUCGUGGACAAGGCCAACGUGCCGACGUUGGGAUUCCUUGUCGCCGAGUUCUUAGACAGCUCGGAUUCUCUCAUCCGGGCCAAGGUUGGCUUGGGCGGGCUGUUGAGUGCUGGUCUAAAAAUGCGGCUGCCCGCAAACCGACCUAUGUUGACCGAGGUGAAGAUCCCGGCUCUGCACUCCAGCUUACUCGACUACCGGCUCAAGAUUACGCGAGAUUCUUCAAAGCCGGAAAUUUUCGCGCCAUUGCUUCGGCAGUCCGUCUCUGAUCCCCAUGAGUCUAAGUUCUUCGUGAAUGUGAACGAAGUGAAUGUGAACCUACAUGGCAUGGCCCCCUUCAUGCCACCAGCGAUUAGCGAGCAGGCCGCUCUCGGGGGCGUGUCUUUCCAGUUGUGGACCGACCCAACCUCUGGUUCGACUGUCGACAUAUCGCUUCAAGUUGAUCUCAUGAGUAGUCUUGGUGAGCUAGUAAUGCGCUAUCGAACCAUCUUUGCCGCGUUCCCCCUGCUUGUCGUUGCCCUCGUGCUCCGCAAGCAGUUCCAGGUCUAUGACGAGUCCGGCUACUUCAUUCCGUUCACCGAUGGCCUUGACCGGGCUUUGCGGUCAUCUUUCCCGCUUCUUCUGGUGGCCAUGUCGCUACUAGCUUCGUCCUUGGCUACUUCAAAGGCCUUGCCUCAGACUGACGAGACACUCCACUGGCGAACGAACUCAACCGAGACUGCCAUUGAUUUUACCAAGAAUGAUCUAUUACUCGGAUCUCAAGACGCAUUCUUCUGGUUCCUUGUACCUGUGUUUGGGCUCAUCAGUGUAGGCGUCUGUGUCCUCGUCAACUAUCUCGCUUUGACGCUUGUGAACAUUUGCUCCUGGGUAUAUGGGGCUUCGCACAGCAAGUCAGGCUACAUUCGGCGCGAGGACCGGGGAAAUUUCCCGAUUUUCAAUACCCCGACCCCUCGACGGCGCAUUAUCCACACUGCGAUUCUUCUGAUCCUUGUAUCGACCGUCAUUCCCUACCAGUUCGCUUAUAUGGUGGCUUGUAUUGUUCAACUGGCCACGUGUGUCAGGGCACAAUGGCAUGCCAAGGAGACGAGAUCCACCUCGCAUACAAAUUUUGGUAACUACGCACACUCUAUCCUCAUCCUGAUGCUGUGGAUUUUACCUAUCAACGUGCUUGUCUUGCUCGUAUGGGCCCAUAACCUGGUUGUGCACUGGUUCAUGCCAUUCUCAUCUCACCACAACGUUCUAUCCAUUAUGCCCUUCCUCAUUCUCGUCGAGACUAUGACAAGUGGUGCUAUGAUCCCGCGCAUAACUUCCAGGCUUAAACACAUUACCUCAAUGCUUUUCUUCGUUAUCGCCAUCUACUCAGCGAUCUAUGGAGUCUCGUACGCGUACCUCCUCCACCACCUCGCCAACCUUCUCGCGGCAUGGUUCGUUGGAAUCUACCUGUUCGGCACAAACUUCUCCCCGCGCCGUUUAUGGCGAAUUAUCGACGACGACGAAACCCCUUCUGAAUCAGGAAAUAGUCACGUGAAGAAGAAGCCAUGA